AUGCUCCACCUCCCAAACGAACUCCUCGAAGCCAUCGCCUCCUGGCUCGAGACGCAACGGGACAUCUAUGCGCUCGUCCGGACUAGUCGCCAGCUCCGCGACGCCCUCAAUAGCACCCUGUACCGCCGCAAUGUAGAGGACUCCGGCGGCUCUGCCCUGAUCUGGGCUGUCAAUCAUGAUGAAGACAGAGAGGAGACGGCAACCAAGGCAAUCAACGCCGGGGCCCCGGGGGGCGAAGCCUUAUGGUGCUCGGUAUGGAAUAAAGACGAGAAAAUGGCCAAGCUGAUACUGUCGUCCGACAAUGCCGAUGGGAACUUCCAGGACAGUGGACAGGGCGAGACGCCGCUGUUAGCAGCUGUCAAACUGCGCGACGAGAGCAUGCUGAAGCUGCUGCUUGGCUCGGGGAAGGUCAAGGUUGAUUUGGGAGACUGGGAAGGAUCGACGCCCCUGUUCACCGCGGCUGGUUUGGGUUACUUCUCCGUGGUUAAGCUUUUGCUGGAGUCUGGCGAGAGCGAGAUGCUGCGAGGCGACGACGAUGCCUACAAGGUGCUGGAUAGGGCCAUUGAGGAGGGCCAUGCGCCCGUGGUUAAGCUUUUGCUGGACUCUGGCGAGAGCGAGAUGCUGCGAGGCGACGACGCCUACAAGGUGCUGGAUAGGGCCAUUGAGGAGGGCCAUGCACCCGUGGUGAAGCUCGUGAUGGAGCGUGCCGGCAUUGCCGCCGAUUCACCCGUCCUAAAGGGACGGACGCCGUUGUAUCGGGCGAUGGCGUUGGCGCAGGAGCCCGUGAUUGAAAUGAUGAUGAGCUUGGGGGAGAUAGACAUCAACGCGAGAGGCUACAUGGGGGGGACACCAUUCACAAUGGCCGCCGCGCUCGGCUUGGCCGCUACUGUCAAGCUGUUCCUUGAUUCUGGUAAAGUUGAUGCUGGUUCAUAUGCCGACGACAACAGCUCCGCGCUUAUGCUCGCCAUUUCCUGGGGUCAUGAUAUUGUUGCCAAGAUGCUCCUCGUGCAAGACGGCGUGGAUGUAAACCAUGCGAAUGAUCAUGGGCACCGAGCGCUCUCACUGGCUGCAAAGGGAGGCCUUUUGGAUGUGGUGAAGACGCUGAUUGGUAUGGAAAAUGUGGACGUGGAUUUCAAGGAUAAAAUUGGACGCACGCCACUCGCGUUGGCCUCUGAGCAAGGUUGCCUAUCAAUUGUCGAGCUGCUUUUGGAGUCAGGCGGAGUAGAUCCCGACUCUAGGGCAUCUUGUGGGGAGACACCGUUUAUGCUGGCUUCUUCAAAUGGCCACAUAGCUGUUAUGAGGUGUUUGGUAGACACUGGGAAGAUCGAUGUGUGGGCAAGGCGUUACAAUGACACCACGGCAUUUUCAUAUGCUCUUGAUCUAGGCGAAUUGUCUGUUUUGGAAUUCAUAAUGGAAUUGGGGAAAUCAACGUUCGAUGAAAGGUUGGUUGGGGACUAUCGGAAAACACUCGCACGCGCGGUAUAUGCCCAGCACCUACCAGUCAUAGACCUUUUGCUGGACUCGGGGCUAAUUGAUAUCAACGAAGUGGAUGAGCGGGGCAGGACCGCGCUGCAUCACGCUUGCAGCCUUCAUGCCGAGGAGGUCCUUGAAUAUCUCUUACAGCGGGAAGGUAUUGAUGCCAAUGUUGCGGAUGACAAGGGGUUCACACCGCUUAUGGUUGCUGCGGCAUCGACCCGGGGUCUUCCUACUGUCAAGAUCCUUUUAUGGUCUGGGAAAGUUGAUAUAGCUCUACAACGCCAUGAUGGGGCCACUGCAAUCUCGAUCGCACGCACCAAGCGCCGAUAUCAAACAUUCCAGUUCCUCGAGAGUUGGGAUCGGCGUAGCAAGGUGGAGUAA